GAAACACUCGGGAUGCUGGAAAUUUGGAGCAACACACGCACACAGAAGGAAAGUUAGCGAUGAGAUGCCCUUUUGAAAUAUUACAGCACUCAUGGUGAAGGAUAACCAACGUUCUAAAUUUCAAUGAAAGUAUGUAUCUGAAUUCAGAACAAGUUGCCUUAAUUGGACAAGUAUUUGAAUCAUAUGUUGUGGAAUUCCACAAGAAUGAUAUCAUCCAUGUUCUGCAAAAGCCAGAUCAAAGUGCUCAUUAUCCGAUCACCGUGAAUGCACUUUCACUGUUCGAAAUCAGCAUGGAGAUUGGGGAAUACUUAAGUGCGUUUCCGAAUGAAUUAUUUCCAAUAUUUGACACUGCGCUACACAGGGCUGCCAUGACUGUCUUGCAGUCACAUGCAGAGCCACAUGGAUUGGUCAUGAAGCAAAAUCUUCACGUGAGAAUUUCAGGACUGCCACUUUGCCCUGAAUUGACAAGGGAUCGUAUUCCAAAGACUAGGGACGUAGGCCACUUUCUUUCGAUUGUUGGCACAGUCAUCCGCACUGGAAUGGUGAAAGUGUUGGAAUUUGAGCACGAAUUCAUGUGUAACAAGUGCAGACAUGUCUUCACUGCAACUGCAGACUUUGAACAGUAUUAUACCUUCUGCCGCCCCAAAUCCUGCCCUAAUCCAGAAGGUUGUAACUCAACGAAAUUUGCAUGUCUUUCUGGCUCCUCAUCAUCUCCUUCAAGGUGUAAGGACUACCAAGAAAUCAAAAUUCAAGAACAGGUCCAGAGGCUGUCUGUGGGAAGCAUACCUCGAUCGUUGUUGGUUGUACUGGAAGAUGAUUUGGUGGACACCUGCAAAUCAGGUGAUGAUGUUACUAUUUAUGGUGUGGUUAUGCAGAGGUGGAGGCCUCUGUCUCAAGACUCCCGCUGUGACUUAGAACUUGUCCUGAAAGCCAAUAAUCUUGAAGUGAACAAUGAACAGCCGAUGGGAGUUGUUAUUGAUGAUGAUGUCCAGAAAGAGUUUGAAGACUUCUGGGAGAAUUACAAAGAUGAUCCUCUAGCAGGAAGAAAUGAGAUUCUGGCCAGCCUUUGUCCACAGGUAUUUGGAAUGUAUGUGGUUAAGCUCGCGGUUGCCAUGGUGUUAGCAGGUGGAGUGCAAAGAAUUGAUGCAGCUGGCACCAAAGUUCGAGGUGAGCCUCAUCUCUUACUGGUCGGGGAUCCCGGAACUGGGAAAUCUCAAUUUCUCAAAUACGCAGCAAAAAUUGUACCCCGGUCGGUCCUGACAGCUGGAAUUGGGUCCACUAGUGCAGGUCUGACUGUGACAGCAGUAAAGGACUCUGGCGAGUGGAAUUUGGAAGCAGGGGCACUGGUCCUGGCUGACGGAGGCCUUUGCUGCAUUGAUGAGUUCAACAGUAUUAAAGAGCACGAUAAGAGUAGCAUCCAUGAGGCAAUGGAACAGCAGACUAUCAGUGUGGCAAAGGCAGGUCUAGUGUGCAAGCUGAACACAAGAGCCACUGUGUUGGCGGCUACUAAUCCAAAAGGCCAGUAUGAUCCCAAUGAAUCCAUCACUGUAAAUACAGCUCUGGCUAGCCCACUCCUGAGCAGAUUUGAUCUUGUUUUGGUGCUCUUGGAUAGCAAAAAUGAAGAAUGGGACAAAGUCAUUGCUUCUUUUAUUCUGGAAAAUAAAGCCUGCCCAACUGUCUCUCUCAAAUUGUGGAGCAUGGAGAAGAUGAAAACCUACUUCUGUCUGAUCAAAACUUUGCAACCUAAGAUUUCCGAAGAAGCAAAUAAAAUCCUUUUGAAGUAUUACCAAGUGCAACGUCAAAGUGGGUUCAGGAAUGCAGCAAGAACCACAAUACGCAUGCUUGAGAGCUUGGUUCGUUUAGCUGAAGCUCACGCAAGAUUGAUGUUUAGAGAUGUAGUAACUAUUGAAGAUGCCAUCACAGUGGUCUCUGUAAUGGAGUCAUCAAUGCAGGGAGGUGCACUUCUUGGUGGUGUGAAUGCGUUGCACACGUCCUUUCCAGAAGAUACCAAAGAACAAUAUAAAAUGCAGUGUGAACUGCUUCUGGAAAGACUGGGCCUAACCGAUCUUCUCCAGCAAGAACUGCAGAGACUUGACAGUAUUAAUAGAAAAGGACCCCAGCCAUCUCAUGGAAGUUCAAACUCAAGAAACCCAUGUGAUCCACUUUCUGAUGCUGCACCUCAAUCAAGCACUGAGGAACUGAAUCCUAUCGCCCAGCCAAUUGAUCAGUCUGACAGUGGUCUGACCUGGUUUGUUGACUUCCAAAGCAAGAAUUGUGUAAGAGAUGCAGAAAGAGAAGGAACUGUACCAGCUGAAUCCUGCGCACUUAAAGUAACAUCAGAGAACUCUUAUCAACAUCCUUGUCCUGAAUUAAAUACCGGUCUGCCACCAACAAAAAAUACAGAGGAUGAAGCAGUCGCCACCAGUUCUAACAAGGUUUCACUGCGGAAAGGUUCCUGUUAUCCAAUUAACAUGAAGUCUGCUGGUUUAGCCAAUAAACAUUCGCAAGCUAAGCAAACAGUUGGCACAGAUUACUCCAAAAGUCAGACAAAUGUUGAAGAGCGUGCAUCUUCAAACACACCUAAUAAUGCUGUAACUGUUCGGGUGUCAAAAAAGCUACAUGCUUUCCGGGUUUCACAGAGCAGAAUGCUGUUCAAAGAUAAUAAGACUUUUAGCAACAGUCAUCUAUCGGAAUCAAGUGAUUACAGUGCAUUUUCAAACAUGGGUGACUCUAGUUCAGAUGGUGGUAGUUCAGGACAAUGUACUUUACAGGAUGAUGAUACCAUUCCACAAGAGUCUGAAACUAGUGAGAAUUCGAACAGUCUGCUGACAAAACUGAAAACGUUUGCGUUUAAACCAAAGCAAAAGCUGAGCCAUUCAGCUGCCAGUAAUUCUGCCUCCCAACCUUUGAUCCUGUCCUCUGACCCUGCCGAAGUCAAGGAGUUGUCAUGUGAUUUUCAGCAGUCAUCUCAAGCCAGUGAUAACACAGAAAAUCCCCAAACAUUACCUGGUUGUAAUUCUAAAAGUCGACUUUCACAUAAAAAAACAAGUAAAGUUGUUGCCCAGUGCAGUGGAACAGAGCCAUCUCUCGAAUUGCAGAAGGAUCUUGGUAAUGCACACAAGGAAAAGGUGCAGAAGGUGACACCCAAUGAAUCAAAGCAUUCAUUUCCCACAGAGUUAAAUGCUGGAGAACAGACCAGCCAGAGUUCAGCUGUGGCAGGCCAAGUAAAGGUGGCCUCCAGUACAUUAGCAAAGCUUGCUAGUUUCACUUUCAGUCCAUCUUCUGACACGAAAACUGAGAAGACCGCAAGUGGAAAUGAAGUAUCUGUUGCAAAGCAGAGCAGUGUGGUACAAAAUGAUGCUGCCAAGUCUGCGGUGCUGUCCAGAAAAAGGAAGACCUUUGGAUUUCCAUCUGCUGACAUUACUGCCACUGUAAUGGGGAGGUACCUCUUUUCUACUGAUGAGAUGGAAGAUGAUUGUGUUCUGGAUUUUGACUGGGAUGAAGAAGGAAGAAAGAAAUCCAAAAUUUAGUUGAUGAACUUGGAUCUGUAUAGAUUUUUAAAAGACAUUUUUGUUUGUACUCAUGAUCAUCUAAUGCGGCACUGUGAACAAAUAGCUGUGUCACAACCCAUGUGAAACAUAAUUUUGUAAAAUGCUGGCUUUAAAAAGAGUAGAUUCUAUCAUAAAGAAUUUGAUCCCAUGUCAGGAGAGUCUAAUAAGAGAAGCGCUCUGUGUCCUUGUCUAAUGAGUGUGCUAGAUAAAUGAAAAUUGUGUUAAGACAUCUGCACGGUUUCCAGGUGUACCUCCAGGAUGUGAAAAGUGUACAUUGAUACCUUUUGUUUAAAAAAAAUGUCCUUUAUAUUUAAU